ACCGUAGGAGAUGAAUUUAAGUUUCUUUGACUUGUUACCGUGACUUGUCUCGGGCAGGGGAAAGGGCCAUCGGUGCUAUCGCUGUCGUUAAGCCGGGUGACUGCCGCUGAAACCUGAUCCAAUCACUAGGCCUCUGGCCAGGGUGUUGCUAGAACAUAACAAGCCAACCAGUUCCUGAUCAGCAAGCAAGACCCAAUAAAGCCAGUCACCGGCUAUCGCUCGUGGCCGCCGUCGUCAUGGAUCGGUAAUUUGUGUUUACUUCCUCUUCCCAAACUACGCACCCGGGGGCCGUCCCUGGCAAUAUCAGUCAGAGUAGUACAUAAAAAGUGUUCCACUGAUAGCGAGGGCUCCUCGUGGCGUGGCGUAACGCACAAUCACCAUAGCUGUCUGCGGCCCGGAUGCUGGACAUCUUCGGGGAUCAUCGACUGGAAGCCGGUCGUGCCCCGCCCGGAUCGUGACACAGAAAGUGAGAAAACAGCAAUGAAUCGAUCAACGCUCGACUUUAUUUCGGUCUUUCUGGCCGAACUCAUCGGGACCGGGCUGCUGGUGAUGCUCGGAUGCAUGGGAUGCGUCUCCGGACUGGGCCACACGCCGUCCCACUUUGAGCUGUGCAUCAACUUCGGUCUCGUGGUGAUGAUCAUCGUGCAGGUGUUUGGCUGCGUAUCCGGUGCCCACCUGAACCCUGCCGUCACAGCCGGAGCCUGGGUCUACGAGCUGGUGUCAACGAAGAUGGCCCUGGCGUACGCUGUCGCGCAGUGUAUCGGUGGCUUCAUGGGUUACGGCGUCCUCAAGAUACUUACCCCGGCGGCAGUGUUCGAUGUCGCCAAAGAGAACGGAGCAGGGUUCUGCGUGACGCAGCCGAACGGUCUCAUCAGCCACCUGCAGGCGACCGGCAUCGAGUUUGUGGCCACGAUGGUACUCAUCCUGGUGUGCUGCGGUGUCUGGGAUCCGCGCAACGCCAAACAUCACGAUUCCGUGGCACUGAAGUUCGGUUUCACUAUCGGAGCGCUGGCCGUGGCGGCGGGUCCCUACACCGGCGCCAGCAUGAACCCGGCCCGUUCGCUCGGUCCCGUCCUGUGGAACGGUGACUACAAUGCCCACUGGAUCUACUGGGUCGGCCCGCUGAGUGCUGCCUUCUUGACCGCGUUCGCCUACAAGGCCGUCUUCCGGCGGGAAGUCGUGGUGGAACCGCUGAACCACGAGCUAAGCGCUCUUAACACGGAAAAAUAAAACCCCUGGGGCAGCUGCCAUCCGAGCAUGCCGCGCACAUCAUAUACUCUCUCCUCAGUAGACACAGAAGCAAUCUUACUCCAGAGCAGCUGAACCUUAAGAUACGUCGCUGGUGGCAUGCCGCGCACGAUGUAAACUCAAUAUGGAUUGUCUAGUUUUAUAAGACCAGCCCCUAAGACCAAUAAACGCUACUAAGAUAAGCCUGUACCAAA